AUGGAUGCCCUGAUGUUAAUCUCAGCAUUUUUGAGUAGAAAGUAGAAAUACCUGAUGCAACUAUUGAAUAAAGACUUUAGAGACCAUGUUGUUCCAAAGAGCAUGGUGAGUUUAAAGUUUAUUGGUGAUGAAUGUGUGACUCGGUCUGAUUUGUUCACCAGAUGCGUAACUAAUUGCAGAAAAGUAGAAAAAUUGGAAAUCUAAGAAGCUACAAUUACUCUUGCUUACUGUAAUGUAAUAGAAAAAGCAUUUUCGAAUCCUCAAAGUUAAAAACUUUUGGAUAGAGUAAAAUACCUUUCAAUUAGUAACAUUGAGUUUGAUGGACUAAGUGAAAUUUAGAAAGAAUUCGCCAUUGGAAAGUUUUGUUAAUAGCUAAUUAAAUUUACUAAUCUUGAGACGCUUGAGAUAAUUAAUGUGAGUCUUUUUCACAAUGUCAUCAAAUUUUUAACAGCAACCUAGAAGACGAUUGGAUUUGGCUAAAGUCUUAGGGUAUUAAACAUUAAUGCCUGCUUCAUACCUCCUGAAUAAGCAAAUGAUGCCUAUAUUAAGCUUAGGGAUUUUACUUUACUAUUCCCAAAUAUCAAGUCACUAAUGCUUAAAGGUUUAAGUAUUGGCGAGCAUCUUGGAGAUAUCAUUGCUGCUACUAAAAGACCUGAGAUUGAGGAAUUAAAUCUAGAGCUAAAUGGUAUUGAGCCUGAGUUUUGCUUAUAUUUCCAAAUGAACUUAAAUUUUGAAACUCUCAAGCAUUUGAAUAUUUCCCAUAACUGGAUUGGAUUGCAUGGUCUUGAAUUGUUAAAAGACCAUUUCACUUUAUUUAAACAACUAGAGGUCUUGUAAAUUGCUGGGAAUAAACUUUUCAGCUAGCCUGAUCAUCACACAGAGAAUCUUAGGGAUAUGCUAUUUUGUCUAAGAUUUAAUUUACAGGAACUUUAUAUCCAUGAAAAUGGAAUGGAAAAUGAAGACUUUGCUAUACUUAUUCCUUCAUUAGUAGCUUUUCAAAAUCUUAGAGUAUUAAAUCUCUGCGUUAAUCGAAUCAAUGGGCCUCAUUUUAGGAAAUUCCUAGACGCUUAUAUAUAGAAUGCUGCAAUCAAUAAUCUUAAGUUAGAAAGGAUUGAAAUCGGAUAAAACGUGUUAAGAGAGGAUGGAGUAACCGACCUAUUUUAAAGGGUACUUUAGAUGCCAAAUAUUACUAAAUUGGGACUUAAUACAAAUAAAUGCACUGAAUAUAUACUGCCUAAUUUUGUAAAGUUCAUCAGAGAGCUUGACCCUAAUAGAGCAAUGACUAUAGAUUUUAAGAAGCAGGACUUAAGGCCAAAAGAGAGAGAUAAUUUUAAAAGCUAGAUUUUCGAAGCGAUUUAGACAAGAGAUGUAGUUACAGGUGAUUUUAAGAGAAAGUAGCUUUUGGUCGUCAAUAUGUGA